CAAUCUUUCUACUGAAGCAUAAAGGACUUCUCCAUCAGUGCAACGCUGCCAAUGCGGACUAUCUCUUUCAGCAGGAUAAGUUUUAUGAUGUAUCGUACGACACUGGAGAUAAGAGUGUUCAAUGUGGCAGGAAGGUAGAUGCUUUCAAGAUAUGGCUCAUGUUCAAGGCUCGCGGGACGAACGGCUUGGCCCAGUUGGUGGAUAAUGCUUUCGAUUGUUCACAUUACUUCACAGAACAGAUAAAAUCUCGGCAAGGUUUUCGGUUGGUUAUAGAAGAACAUCAGUACACUAACGUUAGUUUUUGUUAUAUACCAUCGAAUAUGCGAGUUGCCGAGAAUCAACAAGAUGCAUCCUGGUGGACUAGGAUUUAUGAAAUAACUGCACUGAUAAAGGAAAAUAUGGUUAAACGAGGAUCACUACUUAUUGGAUUUGUUCCACUGCCUAACAAAAAUUUUGGAAACUUUUUCCGCAUGGUGGUCACCUGUCACCCGCGACCAUCCCACGAGUCAAUGCUAUUCGUCAUUGAUGAGAUCGCCAGAGUAGGAGAGCUUAUUUGAAUAUUGGUUUUAUACAUGUAAGUACUUAUUAGUGUAAAGCUGAAUAAAAUG